CAGUUCAGGAGAAGAUAUUCUCUCGAAGAUGACCACCCUUUCGCUGGACGAAGAAGUUCGACUAUUCACCAACGAUGCUCAGCGAGAGAAGUACAGUCUCUUUGGUACUUUGUACGGGAUCAUUGUCGCACUUGACUACCUCGAGCGCGCCUAUGUUCGUGAUGCAAUUACCGCAGCACAGUAUGUUCCCAUCUUAAAUUCACUUCAUGGAGAAUUGACUCAGCUUUUUGUAACAAACCUCCCAGCACUUCAGGAGAUGGCCGUACUAGGAAUGACAAGAUAUGAUAUUUUAACUAUUACACAAUCCAUCUCGCGACUGCCGUCCACUAUACGCAGUCUCAAGUUCAUUGACAUGAGGCCGUUCUUCGACAUCGAGCCCUUGUCUUCUUUCAGCCCUGUAUGGGCCCACUUGACUGAUGUCCAGAUCGUCGUAUGUCACCCGAACGCUGUCCUCCAGCUAUGUCCAAAUCUCUCCUCAAUUCUCCGCGUAUGA